AUGCAAAAGCGCCUUGUCGAGCAGAAGGCCGGCCGGAGCGGCGGCAAGGAGGAAGUGCCGCUGAGUGAUGCAGGCUCCGCCGCGCCUGCUGCCGCGCCAGUUGCCGUUGCGACCAGCGAGACCAUAGAGAAGAACCGCUCGUGGGGCGAAGCCGAACUCAAGCUGGGCGCCCAGGCCGCCGGAAGUCGACGAAGCUUCCUGCGUUCGAACUCGACCAACUUCGUGCGCGUGGCGCCCGCGACUGCAGCCGCCAGCGAGCCGUGCGUUGUCGUCGGCAGCGAGCGGAGGGAAGCGUCUUCGACGCCGUCUUCGCCGAUUACCGAGGCGCAGCCAGAGACGCCGCGCUCGGCGUUUGUAAAGUCCAAGCCCUCUUCGUGGUCGGCCACAUCACCACCGCCACAGCAACAGGGCACGCCGACGCCGAUGCCGACGGCCUGGGCCACGGCGUCCAAGCGCAGCCUCGGCGAGCGCGGUGCAGAGCGAAAGGGCACGGUGUCCUUCUUCGCCACGCGCACCACCGACGCGGCGCUGUGUGACCAGACUCCCUCUGCCCACCCUCAGACGUGA